AUGUUACUUUAAAUUGGAAUUUUAACUUAAGAUGGAUAAAUUCUAUUUCCAGUUAUUCGACCUUAGUAUUAAAUUAUGGAGUAAUGAAUAUUGUAAAUUAUUAUCUAGUGUUAAACUGAUACUGCUAGUAUAUAUUCUCAAAUACAGAAUAAAAGCAAAUACAUAAAAAAUUUAAAUUACCUACCUUUAUAUAUUAAAGAUAAUAUUAUAACAUCUUUUCUCGAAAUAAAUAGAUCCAUAAGGAUAAAAAAUUAGCAUCCAUAUUGAGCUGAGGUUGCAAAUUUCCUGCAGAUCGAAUUAAAAAUAGAUGAAGGUAUGUGUGAGGAUAGAAAUCAGUAUGUAAUGUAUUAGAAAGAGUAUUUCUGGUACACUUUUCAAAGAUACAGGAAGGCUAAUAUCAAAAAUGCCUCACUUGUUUAACCUAAUAUGGGAUCAUUUGCAAAUUUUACACAGUUUUUUAUGCAUUAUGUUCAGAUAAGUUGAUCCUAUAUCGGUAAGAAAUUUAGGCUGUUUUCUUCAAGUAAUGCAGAAUAUGCAGGCACCUGCACGAAUAGAUAAUGUGCAUGUAAUGAAAAGCCCCAUUAAGAAUGAAUUAGAUUAAGAUUUUGUACAACAAUUGGCAGCAGCACAUCUUGAACAAUUAACAGAGCUUUUUCAUAGGUAUCAUUAUCAUUAACAUUUGUGGUAAUAAGUGAUCUAUAAAUUUGAAAACCUCUAAUAAGUCAUCAAGUAAAGUGCUUUGAACAAGGUUGUCAAUUAAAAUUCCCAUCUCCAGCAACACUAGAUACAUGAUGCACAAUUGACAAAAUAUACUUACGAGUUUGAAGUGCUAGCAAUAUGUUGA